AUGCCUCUAUGCGGGGAUGGUCGGGCGCUGCGCGAGGUGAGCGACCUCGUGGAGGAGGGCAAGUCCCAAGAUGCUGUGGCAGACGAGGACGCGCUGAAAGGCGAGCGCGAGGCGGCAUUGCAGGACCUGCGUCGGAGGACGACUCGGCUGAUGCGGCUCUAUGGUGACGAGGCCACCGCGGGCCGGGAUGAGGUCCUGGAGGAGGAGCUGGACAAGGAGGCGAGGCACCCUGCAUCCUGCGCAUCCCUCUCAAAUGGGUUGUCAAUGGCCAAUCUCCUGCCACUUGAUGCAUCUUUUGCAAUGGGCAAGGUAGUCGCGGCCAUGAAGAAAGAGGAGAAGGAAGCCGUCCUCAAGCAGUGCCGGGGUGGUUCACCGAGCACGGCGCCCUCGCAAAGUUGCUCGGCAGAAGCAGGGCUGGGUCGUGGCAUCAUCCUGUCCGGGGGCGGGUCCGACAGGCAGUGUGCCAUGCAGCUGCAAAGCGGCGCCGGACUGCCCGGGAAGCACGAGGCCAUCUCGGCCCUACAGUGCCAGGAGACUGAGGUGGAGAAGCGGGUGGCGAGCCUCAACGAACAGGUACAGGAAGCCAAAGACUCGCUCUUCGUCCUGCAGACCCACGAGCAGAACUUGGUGGAGAAGAAGGAGAAGGUCCAGGCGCUCCGCGGCGACGUCAAAACCGAGGCAUCACUUGUGGGCGUGGGGCCCGUGGAGCGGUUGGGCUUGCUGCUGCAGGCGAAGUGGAAAGAGUGCCAGGAGCUCCUGGCCAACUACCGCGGCUACCACCUCCGCAAUGAGCUACUCUACGUCCGGGAGCGCCCCAGAUGGAAGAGCUACCCCAAGCAGAUUGCCGAGGACGCGCUGGAGGCGUCAAGAGGCGAGCUGGCGAGCGCCCGCGAGGCGUGGCAGAUCACGAAGGAGCUUGCAGAUGAGUCCCAGCACAAGGCGGCCCAGUGCGUGGCAAGCAUGAAAGUGGCCCGCGAGGAUGCCGACGUCCAGCUGCUGGAGCACACGGAGGGGUCAGUCGAGGCGCGCUGGCUGAGCUCGGAGAUCAGUCGCCGGAUCUCACUGUUGGAGGUCGCCCGACAGGAGACGCACAUUGGCAACGCCAUCAAGGACAGGAAGCGGAUUGAGCGUGCCAUCCGAACGCUGGAGGGGCAAAAGAAGAGCAAGAAGACGACGAAUGAGCUCUUCAACGCGAGGGACGAGGAGAAGAAAGUCGCUGCCAACAUCAAGUCCUUGCAGGAUGAGGUGACGAGCCUGCAGGGGCAGGCCGCGGCAGCCGAAAAGCAGUGCGCGGCACUGAAGGCCUUGGCGGCGCGGAGGGCCGGCCACGCGGCAAACUGGGAGGGCACUGCUGAGGCCGAAGUCGAGCGCUCCUACGGCAGCCCUUCCCUCUUCAAGCAAGAGUUUGACUCGGAUGACUCCGAGGACGAGAAUGAGAACUCCAUCAGCGGGGCGCUGUGCGACUACGCCGAAUUCGACGACGUGCCAAGCAGCUCGUACAUGCAGGGCGAUGCGUCCAAGACUGCCAUCAAGACCACCACCCUGGCCAAGUCGGAGGUGAACAAAGCAUUGCAGGCUUCCGAGGCGAAAUGGCGGCAGGAGCUCGGAAGGACCGAGCGGAAGUGCGCAGACCAGGAGAUGGAGAUCGCCCGCCUCUGGGAGGUGAUCCGAGAACUCCGGAUGGACAGGGUGGAUGGCAACGUGAGCGCCGACCUCGGCGAAAACAGCCCGCGAGGCUCCUUGAGCUCCUUUCACAUGGUCGAACCCCAGCCCAACUUCACGGGCGGCCCGGCCGCGGAGUCGCCGAAGGAGGAGGCAGGGCCCGGAGACGCCACCGCGGAAGCGCAGGGUUCCGCCGAGUGA